AUGUUUCCUGCUGGUGCGCCAUCGGUCUAUCAAUCACCAAAAUGUUUCGUGACACACGGCACGAUGGGCCAUGUUGAUGCCAAGCAAACUCCUCGUAAAGGCAAGCCGUGGGCCGCAGUUACGUCGCUUGAUUUUAUUCAUAAGGUCGAUCUGAUUCUACCUGCAGAGGUACACGAUGCAGUCAGUGAACAGCUUGCUAAGACUGAGGGGCCUCCACGCUAUUCAAGGGUGGUAAUGUCUCUUGGAGAUAUCCUGCAAGGUAACUUCUUUACAGAGUACAUUAAAAUGGGUGAUAUCGCCAUGCUUUCAGAGGGACAAUCGACUGUCGGCACUCUAAUUACUUUAUGUGAAGGCGUUCUUACAAUGUAUGUGGAUAAAGAGACACAUGAACGCGCAGGUCUUCCAGGAAAGCCUUAUGGGUCGAAGGGUGGAAGAGGAUCCAAACCUCGUUGGACUAUAACAUAUAACCUCAGAGACCCAUCGAUGCUCCGGGGAAAGAAGGGUUUCGAUAGAUUGAUCUAUGCCUGUAAAAAUGUCUUCAACCAACCUAUGACAUGGCUAUUUUGUGACAAGACGACCCAAAUUCCCAACCCAGACCCGUUACAGCAGUUCUUUCCCACGACCUUCACCUCAACACCCAUCACAUCUCAAAAUCUUGCGGUUGUCCAACCUAGUCUCGAUGUCGACCCGGAGAUUCUUGCAGAGAAUAACCGUGAGGCUCUUGAGUAUUUUGCAACGGAGAGGUAUGAGUGGCUCUCGCUCAUUCGCUUAACCAGUCCACGUGUAGGACCUCAGGACAGUAUUGAUCCCUAUCUGUCACGGUAUUGCGUCCCCGGCGAUACUGCUAAGGAAUCUACGGUCUGCAGGAUAACUUGGGAAGGUUUCUUGCCGACACGGUGGCUCCAUAGUCUGCUCAUGGAUGUGUUGGUCGCUUGUCCUUCAGGGGCAUGGUUUUCUCUCGGCGCCACAUGCUUCUCAAAGGGUGUACCAGGAACAAGUGAUGAACUCACAAUUCUCAGGCCACCCAAUGCAGCUGGUAGGUACUUCAUGUGGGAGAUAAAGGCAUAG